AUGUUGCUCCAAUCCGGCUCGUUGCGCUGCUCGCCUCCCCUCCGCGGCCAAUUUCCGGCGGGCGGAGCCCUAGUUAGGGCGAGAAUCAAGGAGCCGGAGGCCACACGGCGCCGUAAUGCGCUGAGACGAGUGGAUCGCGUGCUGUCAAAGGGAAACUAUAAGAUUGCUCUCUCUUUGGUGAGACGGUUGCAGGGUAAGCCCGGUGGUCUCCGUGGCUUUGGUGCUGCCAAACAGGUUCCUCGAAGAAUAUCAUCCUUGGAUGAAUUAAAGACCAUUGGAGUUGACAUAACAUCUCUUCAAUCUCUACUUGAUUCAAUGCUGAAUUCAAUUGAACGCAGUAUUGAAUUUCAAUUAUCAAAUGAGAAUUCCAUAUUAGAUCUGGAGAAUCUGAUUAAAGGAAGCUAUGAAUCUGUCUGUGAAGAUCAUGUAAUGUGUGUGCAACAUGAAGCUGGUCAUUUUCUAGUUGGCUACUUGCUUGGCGUUCUACCAAAAUGGUACAAAGUGUCUAACGUGGAAGCCGCAAGGAAAGGUAACUAUCCAGCAGGAAAGGUAGAAUUUCUGGGAUUUGAAUUUCUCAGAGAGGUUGAUGGUGCAAAUAUAUUACGCAGGAACUUCUCAAGUGGAAAACUGUGCAAUAGGACAAAUAAAGGGAAAAUUUCCACCAAUGCGUUGAACAGGUUUUUAUGCGUACUCUUAGGAGGCUUAGCGGCAGAACAUCUAAGCUUUGGAUAUUCUGAAGGACUUCAUUCCGAUGUGGAGAAGCUGAACAGAGUACUUAAAUGGCUGGGUUUCACAGAGAGCGAAGCGGAUUGUAGAGUAAAAUGGGCUGCAGUAAACACCCUCUCAAUAUUAGUCAGGCAUGAGGAAGCUAGAUGUAAACUUGCAGAAGCCAUGGCCUUGGGAAGGUCAGUUGGUACUUGCAUUGACAUAAUAGAGGACACUUUAAAUGACAAUGAAAUUUAGAUAUUGCAUUUCAUUUGUCAAUGCUGUUUCAACUUUUUCUUCUUAUUUUUGCGCCAUUUGUGCGGCUCAUUGUUAUAUAAAUGCAUUUUCGA